GCUUCCAGUAUUGUCUAAGCCAACGGCAGGACCAGAGGACCUGCAGCUUGUUAUGAUGUGACAGCUGUACAGUGAUUAAAACCUGUACAGUUUAUAUUAGCAGGUUCACGUACAGUAGCGUAACGUGGAAGUAAAUUUAACUGAACAACGACAGCUUCUCCCUGUGCUAAUGUUAGCUGUCCUGUCUGACUUGACGACGAAGGAAAAAACGAAGUGUUCUUUUAUGUCACACGGAUGAAAUUAAUGCUCACUGGGGAAACGUCAGUGUUUUUCAAGAGGAGAGAAAUGUGUCUUGUGGACUCGGACGUCUUGUCGAAGAAGGCAGAUAAUACGGACUAACGCCUUCAGAUAAACAACAGUUCUGUGUUGAUAUUUGUGUUGCAUCCUUAAGAUUUUUAUGCUAAUAUUGACUGUGGACUAACGUUAGCUCGCUGGCUAGCUUUAUAGGUUGCUACAACUUGUAUAUUUUAGAUAGAGGCUGAUUAAAUUAUUCAGUAUCGCCAAACAAGGUAACGUUAACGUUAUUUACAUAUUGUUAGCAUAUUUGCAGAACCCUACUAUGGGCAGCAGCUCUGACGCUAACUUAGGUGUAGCCAAAGGGUUAUGUCACUGUCAGGCUAACAGAUAGCUUGCUUUCUGCAGCUGCUUUCAAUCUUUGCAUGGUCAUGCCCAGCAAGGUUGGCAUCAUGUAGACUGUCCCUCCGAACAGGUUAGGUGACUGGGGACAUACAGUGUGUUAGUGAGCCUCCUCGGAGAGUAAUGCAAAGCUGGAUUGCAGCUAUCCAACUGGGUCAAAGACUGACAGCUGGUACUGAUACAGUUUAGCUCAGGAUUGUUGCUAGCCAUGCCCAAAGCCCGUCUGUUCCUUGUGAUAUUACAAACAUCCCAACCUUAGAGGGCAUGUAAGUGCAUCAUGUCCUGACUGCUUCACUUAUCUAUACAAUAAGGCACAUCAGGGCAGAGACUUGUCAUGAAAUAAAUCCGCAGUGCAAGAAGCAACAUCACCAGGACUGAGUCAAUCAUUUCCUCCAGGAUUAUUUUCUGAAGAGGACAGCAACAUUCAAGGCUAUCCACCAGUGCCCAGCAUCAGCUGGACCAUCAGCCCAUCACUAUGGAGACUGUGGGAGAUUUUGAGUACAGCAGAAAAGACCUGGUUGGACAUGGAGCCUUUGCUGUGGUGUUCAAAGGAAGACACAGGAAGAAGACAGAUUGGGAGGUGGCCAUCAAGAGCAUUAAUAAGAAGAACCUGUCCAAGUCCCAGAUCCUUCUUGGCAAGGAAAUCAAAAUCCUGAAGGAGCUGCAGCAUGAAAACAUUGUGGCACUUUACGAUGUCCAGGAAACACCCAGCUAUGUUUUCCUGGUCAUGGAGUACUGUAACGGAGGUGAUCUUGCCGACUAUCUGCAAGCUAAGGGGACGCUAAGAGAAGACACACUGAGGGUUUUCCUCCAGCAGAUUGCCGCUGCCAUGCGCAUCCUCAACAGCAAAGGAAUCAUCCACCGUGACCUGAAACCCCAAAACAUCCUGCUGUCAUAUGUGGGUCGCAAGAAGUCAAACAUCAGUGGCAUUCGCAUCAAAAUAGCUGACUUUGGCUUUGCACGGUACCUCCAGAGCAAUAUGAUGGCAGCCACACUAUGUGGGUCACCCAUGUACAUGGCCCCAGAGGUCAUCAUGUCACAGAACUACGAUGCCAAGGCCGACCUCUGGAGCAUAGGGACAGUCAUCUACCAGUGUCUGGUCGGCAAGCCACCGUUCCAGGCCAAUAGUCCCCAAGACCUGAGGAUGUUCUAUGAGAAGAACAAGAAUCUACAACCUAUCAUCCCAAGGGAGACAUCACCACCACUUAGCGACCUUUUGCUUGGGCUGCUGCAGAGGAAUCAGAAAGACAGAAUGGAUUUUGAUGCGUUUUUCAGCCACCCUUUCCUGGAGCCGUCACCCACCAUUAAAAAAUCGUGUCCGGUGCCAGUCCCCACUGUCUCCAACACAGUGACUGACAGUUCCUGUGGCAGCUCCCCAUGUAUCCGCUACAACUCCCCCCCUUCUCUCCCUGACAUGCAGACACUAGCAGAAGAUGGUCUGUCAUCCCCUCCGCUCGGUCCGCCCAACUUCCUGCAGCUGUCCAAAGAGUCUGCAGGAAGCACCAGCAGUAAGAACUCGUCCUGUGACACUGACGACUUUGUUCUGGUGCCUCACAUCUCUACUGACAGCUAUGACCAGCCAAUGGGAGUGGGUCGUCGGCCGUCCAGCGAGUUCCUCAUGUGUGGAGGGCAGCCGCAGCCCAUCCCGGGACAGACCCCCAUGGUGUCCCCACGGGCUGAGACCACCCCCAUCCCCGUUCCCACCCAGAUCCGCAACUACCAGCGCAUCAAGCAGAACCUCUCCAGCAGCCCGACCACCACGCUGUACAGCUCCCCCAGGUCUGGCACAGUGAGGCGCUCCAACACUAGUCCUAUGGGGUUUCCCAAGGUGGCCUCGGGGUCCCCCAGCUCUGCUGACGUCCCUCAGACAGUAGGCAGGCGUCUCUCCACCGGCAGCUCCCGGCCCUACUCCCCCUCACCUCUUGUGGGCACCAUCCCUGAGCAGCUGGGUCACUGCUGCUGCCACCUGCAGAACCAUGAGCCUCGCAGCCGCAGCUCCUCAGGAGGUUCCCCCGUCCCAUCCUCUCAGCUCCUGGGGGCUCGGCUCCAGAGCGCCCCCACCCUGACCGAGGUCUACCAGACCAAGCAGAAACUCCACAAGCAGUUAUCAGACCCUGUUCAGCCUUCCUCUUCCUCAUGCUGCAGUCACUCCCCUCAGCUCGGCCGACCGGCCAACCUCGGCUCCUCCCCCACCAAGCUCCUGGGCUCCUCCCCCCGCACAUCUGACUGGCUGCAGAAGUCCCCGCUGCCCACCAUCAUUGGCUCCCCAACUAAGACCAUUUCGGCACCGUUCAAGAUCCCCAAAACACAGGCGUCCUGUAACUUGAUGGCACUGGCGGACAGCCCCGUGCCCACCAAGACGUUGGCAGAUGCCCGAGAUAUCUGUGCCCACCACUGCAGCCCAUACCUCAUCGGACGCCCAGCUGCCCCUGAAGCCAGCAGGACUUUUGGCAGGUCUGUUAGUACGGGACGUCUGUCUGAGCAGCCAAUCAGAAUCACUCUGGGUGGACAGGCCUAUCAGGGCAGCACAGACAGCCUGAACACAGAGCGACCCAUGGACACAGGUAUGGGUACACUGCUGCAUGCACAAUGGACAGUGUAUACCACAGGUUGCCUUAGUUCAGUCGUUUAUGUGUAUUUUUUAUUUAUUUUUAUAUAUAUAAUAGAGAGAGAGACUACUAAAUUUUCUCUUCCUAAAGCCCCUGCAGGUCCCAGCGGGCUGACUCAGGGUGGGUCAGCGAGUCCUCGUACUGUCCUUUUCACCGUGGGUUCACCGCCCAACAGCAGCACUCCUCCUACCUGCAGCCAUCUGGGCACACGACCACGCACCACCUCAGUGGGCUCCAACAGUUCGGCCGGCUCCCUGUGCUCCACCAGCGGUCGGGUCUAUGUCGGAUCUCCUCCAGGAAUGGCCAUGGGCUCCUCUCCUCCAGGAGGUUUUGGGGGUGGGCAGAUUGUCCCUGGAGCAGAGGGGGCACCCAGCAGCCUGCGUUAUGUCCCUUAUGGGACCUCCCCUCCCAGCUUGGAGGGAUUCAUCACAUUCGAAGCCCCUGAGCUGCCUGAGGAGACCCUCAUGGAGCGCGAGCAUACAGACACCCUGAUGCACCUACGGAUGAUGCUUUCAUUCACCGACUGUGUCCUGGAGAUGGCGGCAGUUCGAGCUGGAGGGACGGAGCUUGGCGUGUCGGCUGCCUCCCUCUACCCUCCCCAGGACAGUGUGGUUGUGGACCAGAUCAGCCAGCUCAGCAAAGAGUGGGGGCAGGUGGAGCAGUUGGUGCUCUACAUGAAGGCAGCUCAGCUCCUGGCUUCCUCCCUCCACCUGGCCAAGGCUCAGAUUAAAUCAGCCAAGCUCAAUCCUUCCACUUCAGUCAAACAGGUGGUGAAGAGUCUGAAUGACCGUUACAAAAGCUGCAUCUCCCUCUGCCGGCGGCUGACCGACAAACUCAACCACUUCUUCUCUGAUAAGCAGCGCUUUGUUGACGAGAUCAACAGUGUCACCGCGGAGAAGCUCAUCUACAAUCAUGCUGUGGAGAUGGUUCAGUCAGCAGCUCUGGAUGAGAUGUUCAAGCAGACAGAAGAUAUAGCCUACCGCUACAGCAAGGCUGCCAUGCUGCUGGACGGCCUGUCCAAGAUCCUACAGGACCCCACUGACAUUGAGAACGUGGUCAAGUACAAAGCCAGUGUGGACCGCAGGAUCUCAGCCCUCUGCUACUGCACUGUCACACUGUAUGAGUAGCAGCCCACACACACACACACACACACACACACACACACACACACACACACACACACACACAGAGGGACCACGUCAUAAGACUGUUGACUACCAUCCUCACAAAGCCGCUGUUCCCUCCUGUAGCAGUUCAAGCACUUUUCAUUUGAUAGGUUUCAUCUGUAUUCAUCAUCAGUUAGUUUUACUGGCUGCAUCACGGACUGAACUGUGACAAGCGACUGAUGCACAAAUUUACAACCAAAGAUGACAACGGAUCCAGAAACAAAAGGCUGAAACCAGAUGUGGACAUAAUGUAUGCACUUUCAAGUGCAUUUUUUUCCCUACGCUAUAAUGAUGGCAAGCCAUCUGAUCAACAUAUGUAAAAAAAACAAAACAAAAACAAAAAAAAACAACAACAACAAAAAAACUAAUGUCCAUCUUUCAGGAUAUCAUUUGUUUUUUACCAGAAGAAAAAGAGGGUGGAUAGGACUAUGAGACGGUGUUGUUGGCUUCAAGAGACUCGAGCUCCCCAUGAAGCAAUUCAUCUUUUUAAAAUCCUGCUUACUAUGUGUUAUCAGUGGUUAUUUACUCUGUGUUUAAGUUGUUAUUGUUUUUAUUUAUUGGUUCAGAAGAACAUGGAUGUUUGAGUUUCCUGCCUAUCUUGAAAACCUCAAGUAUUGGAAUGGAAGGAAAUGGAAGAAAUAAGCGAAAGGCUUAUGGCCGAUCACUGUAACAGAGCCAACUCACAAACAACAUAGACUUUUACAUAAAACACAAACUCCUGUUACAGAAACCAGACAGCCAUGUGAACAAAAGAACCUGUAGACUUGUAACUGCUUUGUUUUUAUUUUUCUUGUGUUGUUAGCUCAAGCACUUUAUUGUGGAUUGAGAGGAGGAGAUGUGUAUCUGUUCUGCAGGUAGAAAUGUGAAGGCAGGGGAAGGGUUUUCUAAUUACUCCUGCUCCCACCUUCCAAACAUACCUCCUCUGUGUGCAUGAUCAACAAGUUUACAGAAUGCAUACAUUUCCCAUAAGGCAGAGCAACCAGGGAAUCUUGGGUAAGGGAAACUGUGCUGUCAUCCAAGACAAAUUGGCUACAGCCUCUGCUGCUUCAGUUUUGACCAUUAUUUAAUCUGUCUCUCGCAGGUUCAAGUUUAUGGCAGUGUAAUGCUAAAUUGGUGGAAUGUCCCUUUAAUUCCAGUUCCAGUAGUUGUGUCUGGCAUAUGAAAAAAUGGGCUACGCUUUGAAUGCAGCCAUUUUAAGGCUUCCCUGUUAGCUGCCUUUGACUUGAUGACUGAUGCAGUUGUUCUCAAACAGCAAACCAACAUAGUUGAUAAAAAAUAUACAGGGCUGGGAGGCUUCUAUUGGCCUGUAUCAACUUGGUAUUCAUUUUGAACUUGCCAAUAGUAGAAACAUCUGACAGACGCUUUUCACAUUGUUUCCCUCGUUCCCUCACUCAGUUUUGAGAACAGACCCAUGGUGACUUGUUGAUUAUGUUGCUCACAGUGAGGCGGGGUUCAGGUGAAUUUGGGGGGGACAGUGGCUCCCUCUGCUCACAAGGUCUGUAGGCUCAGAUAUUCAGAAGAAAACCAGAACUUGAGAUCCCCUGCAGAGACCCUUCUCCUGUCAACACUGCAGUGUUGAACAACCAGUCAGGCGUCCACUUUGAACCCUGAUGGAGUUAAUUGUGAAACUGAAUGGUCAUAUUACUUGACAAGUUACCUUAAUAAUAAGUUUCAUUUUACUAAAAUACUACAGCUUUUUAUUUUCAGUAUCUGUAGCUAAUUUUUUAACAAAACUUGAUGUUUGCAAACUUGUAUAUAUUUGUAUGUGGUGCAUGUGAUGAUUCCUUUCCCCUCUUUUUUGGGAGGGGUGUGUGUGUGUGUGAGAUCACAAUUUGAGUUUUGGGGGUGUUGAUGAUACCCUGCCUGUCAGUCAAAGAGCACAAAUCUUUAUAUGUACAUAGAUGAAUUUGAUACAUUUUAUUCAUGUCUGCCAAGGGUUUGAUAAGGAAACCUAUUUUGGCACAACAGGGGUGUGCCAAAGAAUAAAAUAUAACUCGUGGCAGCUCCAAAACUUUCCAGAGAACUCUUUCUACCAGGACUGUUCAUUGUCAAGACACACAUAUUUGUUCAGUGGAACAUUUUCUGAAAUGAGCGUGAUGUCUUCAGAUGUCAUACUCACUGUCCAAAAUUUUGUGAUACUUGAUUUGUCACAAUCUGCACUGCCUAGCAUCCACUCAGUCCCUCUGCCUCCCCUCAAGUCGUCUGCUGUGCUCCCAACAGUGUAUGUACUGUAUGAGUGUGUAUAUACUGUAGAUAUACACAGACACGUGCACUUGCCAGGAGUGCAUUAGGGCCAGUAGUAUACAGUUAAUGAUGGAAAAGGAGGUGAAAGCAGACCUACUCCUCUGUACAGGUGUGAAUAAAUUCUUUUUCUAUGUAAAAAUGUGUAUAAAUGCAUUCACAGGCACCCAGCGGUCUCUGGGCCUGUUCCUCUGAUGUACUGUUCUUUUUCCUAGACAUAUCUGGGUUUCAGUUUCCCUCGUCCUUGUCAUGAGCACUCUGAACCACACGAAGCCUUUUACUGCACACAGAGUGAAGAGGGACGAAUGAAGCUAAUAGAAACCCGCCUGAAUCUUUGCUCUGUACCGUUUUGUCCAUGGACUGUAACUGAAGAUGGACUGUUUUAGAUAAAGCAUGGGUACCAAGUCUGCAUUUUACCCUGUAGAACCUCUAGAAUGUUGAAUGUAUGUACCCUGUUGUUUUGCGACUCUCCAGCUUGAUCUGAAUGCAUUUUGAAGAAGCCCGCUGUCAGUCACGACCCUGAAAAUGCAACACUUUCCAGCACCGAUUUUUCAAAGAGAAAUGUUAAUGUUAUACUUGUGUCUCUCACCAAAGGGUGUCUCUCUUUGUUCUUUAUGGAACACGAAUACAGUCUUUGUUAUUAAAAAGAGAAAAAAUAAA